UCCCCUCUCCCUUGUCUCCGUUAAUAAAUUUACGCCUAAAUUCUCUGUCCCCAUAGAGCGCUCGGGCCUAAGAGGAUUGAAACGGGGUCGUUGCAGCGCUCCUUAACUCUGUACUUUACACUUUCCCGACCACCGGAGAUACAAAUAUUUUCCAGUUUCCGAAUAACCGGAGAUCAACUGUUUAUUCGCUGCUGAGAAUAUUUUUCGGGGAUGGAGACAGACGUGCAGGCGGACUACAUGUACAUGGGGCGAAACUUGGCUGAUUUGAGCAUCAACGACGAUUCUUCUUCUUCGGCCUUCAGUGACUGCAAUAGCGACCGUUCCGGAGAGUUUCCGACGGUAUCGUCGCAGAGCCGUCGGCUUUUGCUAGCUUGCGCUUCGGAAAACUCGGAUGACCUGAUCCGCCAGCUGGUCUCUGACCUGGAAUCCUGUUCGAUUGACGACCAAAAGCAGGCGGCGAUGGAGAUCAGGCUCCUCGCGAAGAACAAGCAGGAGAAUCGCAUCAAGAUAGCACGAGCCGGAGCGAUCAAGCCGUUGAUUUCGCUCAUCUCCUCGUCGGAUCCUCAGCUCCAAGAGAACGGCGUCACGGCGAUCCUGAACCUCUCUCUCUGCGACGAGAACAAAGAGCUCAUAGCCUCCUCCGGAGCGAUCAAACCACUCGUCAGAGCUCUGAAGAUCGGCACAUCGACGGCGAAGGAGAACGCCGCUUGUGCGCUACUUCGUCUAUCGCAAAUCGAAGAGAGCAAGAUCGCAAUCGGACGGUCAGGAGCGAUUCCGCUCCUCGUGAACCUUCUCGGGAGCGGCAAUUUCCGCGGGAAAAAGGACGCAUCGACGGCUCUGUACUCGCUAUGCUCUGUGAAAGAGAACAAGAUCAGAGCCGUCCAAUCGGGGAUCAUGAAGCCUCUGGUGGAACUAAUGGCCGAUUUCGAGUCAAACAUGGUGGACAAAUCGGCGUUUGUGCUGAGCGUGUUGGUGUCGGUGCCGGAAGCAAAGACGGCGGUGGUGGAGGAAGGCGGCAUACCGGUGCUGGUGGAGAUCGUGGAGGUUGGGUCCCAGAGGCAGAAGGAGAUCGCGGUGGGGAUACUGUUACAGAUUUGCGAGGAUAGCGUGGCGUUCCGUACUAUGGUGGCCCGCGAAGGAGCGAUCCCUCCUCUGGUUGCAUUGUCACAAUCCGGCACCAGCCGUUCCAAGCACAAGGCGGAGACGCUGAUUAAACUCCUCCGGCGACCAAGAUCCGGCGACCCUGCCAGCAGCACCUCGGUUUGAGCUCCCGGAGAACAUGCCCAAUGUAAUCAGGCAAAUCGAACGCUCCCAAAAGAAAAGGGAAAACAGGAAAAAAAUGGAAACAAAGAAAACUGUAAAUAGGUGUUACUAUUUCAAAGGAGAUUGUAAAUUGCCCACAACGGAUUUGCGCUUGGUUUCGGAUAUGAUUAGGUUGUCGUUUUGGA